ACUCCCUGAGCUAGAUCGGACCUCCCUCUCCAUAAAUUUUCGGCGAAAAUGUUGCCGCCGGAGCUUCAGCCUCGCUCGUUCCGACCGUACAUCUCGUCGUCUUUGAGCGCGCAAAACUUCACCUCCUACAACCAUGCCUCGCCGGAAGGCGGCGCUAACCCUAACGUCACCAGUUUCAACUACAGUAAAAGUCCAUCACCGUCUUCCUCAUCCCUCUCAGCCUCUCGAUCUCUCAAGAACUCUCGAUUCUCUCCCUCCUCCUUCGCCUACAACACUCGCCUUGCCCUGGCUCUGGUCCCAUGCGCCGCCUUCCUCCUCGACCUCGGCGGCAGCGCUGUUGUUAUCAUUCUCACUAUCGGCCUCAUGAUCACGUACAUCAUCGAUUCCCUCAACUUCAAAUCUGGUGCCUUCUUUAGUGUCUGGUUUUCACUACUCGCCGCUCAGAUCGCCUUCUUCUUCAGCAGCUCUCUGUAUUCCUCUUUCAAUUCUAUUCCUUUGUCUCUCCUCGCUGCAUUUUUGUGCGCCGAAACCAACUUCUUGAUAGGCGUUUGGGCGUCGCUUCAGUUCAAGUGGAUUCAAAUUGAGAACCCAGCGAUUGUUCUUGCACUUGAACGUCUGCUCUUCGCAUCCGUUCCUUUCGCAGCUUCGUCUCUCUUCACUUGGGCUACCAUUUCUGCCGUCGGUAUGAACAAUGCCUCUUACUAUCUCAUGGCAUUCAAUUGCGUUUUCUAUUGGCUUUUUGCCAUUCCUAGAGUUUCAUCAUUUAAAAGCAAACAAGAAGCUAAGUUUCAUGGGGGAGAGGUUCCAGAUGAUAACUUGAUUCUUGGUCCGCUCGAGAGUUGCUUCCAAACUCUAAAUUUGUUGUUUUUUCCCCUGGUUUUUCACAUUGCGUCGCAUUACUCGGUGAUGUUCUCGUCUGCUGCUGGUGUUAGUGAUUUGCUUCUUCUUUUUUUUAUUCCCUUCUUGUUCCAACUCUAUGCUUCGACAAGGGGGGCAUUAUGGUGGGUAACGAAGAAUGCAGUCCAGCUUCGUAGCAUACAGUUGGUCAAUGGUGCUGUUGCUUUGAUUGUUGUUGUGAUUUGCCUUGAGAUUAGAAUUGUUUUCCAUUCAUUUGGGCGAUACAUCCAGGUGCCGCCCCCUUUGAAUUAUCUUCUUGUUACUGCCACCAUGCUUGGAGGUGCUUCUGGAGCUGGUGCUUAUGCGCUGGGCAUGAUAUCGGAUGCUUUUAGCUCUGUGGUAUUUACUUCUUUGGCUGUUGUUGUCAGUGCUGCUGGGGCGAUUGUCAUAGGAUUUCCCAUUCUGUUUAUUCCACUGCCUUCGGUUGCUGGCUUUUAUUUGGCCCGUUUCUUUACAAAAAAGAGUGUCCCAUCAUAUUUUGCCUUUGUUGUGCUUGGGAGCUUGAUGGUAAUGUGGUUUGUGAUGCAUAACUUCUGGGAUCUAAAUAUAUGGAUGGCUGGCAUGUCUCUCAAAUCCUUCUGUAAACUCAUUGUUGCGGAUGUUGUCCUAGCUAUGUCUGUUCCUGGUUUAGCCCUUCUGCCAUCAAAGUUUCAGUUUUUGACUGAGAUUAGUUUAGUCAGCCAUGCCUUGCUGCUAUGCCACAUUGAGAAUCGCUUUUUCAAUUACUCAAACAUCUACUAUUAUGGUUUGGAGGAUGAUGUAAUGUAUCCUAGCUACAUGGUUGUUUUGACAACUUUGGUGGGAAUGGCUCUUGUGCGAAGAUUAUCCGCAGAUCAUCACAUCGGACCCAAGGCAGUUUGGAUUUUGACUUGUCUGUAUUGCUCAAAGCUAGCUAUGUUAUUUAUUUCAUCAAGGUCUGUUGUGUUUGUGUCAGCUAUUCUCUUGUUGGCUGUUUCUCCUCCAUUGCUUCUUUACCGGGAUAAGUCAAGAACAGGAUCAAAGAUGAAAGCUUGGCAAGGUUAUGCUCAUGGUGCUGUUGUUGCCUUGUCAGUCUGGUUUGGCCGUGAAACAAUUUUCGAAGCCCUGCAAUGGUGGAAUGGUAGACCUCCAUCUGAUGCUUUACUAUUGGGUUUCUGUAUUGUCUUGACAGGACUGGCAUGUGUCCCUAUUGUCAUUCUUCACUUCUCUCAUGUCCUGUCUGCUAAGAGAUGCCUAGUGCUAGUGGUGGCAGCAGGUCUCCUCCUUAUCCUAAUGCAGCCACCAAUUCCCCUAUCAUGGGCUUACGGGUCUGACCUAAUCAAAGCUGCUCGUCAGUCUGCUGACGACAUCUCCAUAUAUGGCUUCAUGGCAUCAAAACCCAUGUGGCCAUCUUGGCUGCUUAUAUUGGCAAUUCUGCUCACUUUAGCAUCUGUGACAUCUGUCAUACCCAUUAAGUACAUUGUAGAGUUGAGAGCAGUUUAUGCUAUUGCAGUGGGGAUUGCUCUUGGUAUUUACAUAUCUGCUGAAUUCUUCCUUCAGGCUGCUGUCCUGCAUGCUCUCAUCAUUGUAACAAUGGUUUGUGCUUCGGUUUUUGUGGUCUUCACCCAUUUUCCAUCAGCCUCAAGUACAAAGCUCUUACCAUGGAUAUUUGCCCUACUUGUGGCCCUAUUUCCUGUGACCUAUCUAUUGGAGGGUCAAGUGAGAAUCAAAAGCUUACUCGGAGAUAGUGGACUUGGAGAAAUGGAUGAAGAAGAUAGAAAGCUUACCACUCUUCUGGCUGUUGAAGGGGCAAGGACUUCUCUUCUUGGUCUAUAUGCAGCAAUCUUUAUGCUCAUAGCAUUGGAGAUAAAGUUUGAACUGGCCUCACUGAUGAGAGAAAAGGCUGUGGAAAGGGGUGAAAAUAGAUACAGUCAAACUAGUCAAAGCAGCUCUGCUCAACGUAUGCGGUUCAUGCAACAUCGCCGUGCCUCUACUAUUUCAACCUUCACAAUCAAGAGAAUGGCUGCUGAGGGAGCCUGGAUGCCUGCAGUAGGUAACGUUGCUACUGUAAUGUGCUUUGCCAUUUGCCUGAUCUUGAAUGUUCAUCUCACUGGUGGCUCAAAUCAGGCAAUAUUUUUCCUUGCUCCUAUUUUACUGCUUCUCAACCAGGACUCAGAUUUCAUUGCUGGAUUUGGGGACAAGCAGAGGUAUUUCCCUGUUACAGCAGCCAUAUCAGCCUACUUGGUCUUGACCACACUGUAUGCCAUAUGGGAAGAAGUCUGGAAUGGAAAUACAGGGUGGGGGAUUCAAAUUGGUGGUCCUGGUUGGUUCUUUGCAGUCAAAAAUCUAGCCCUGUUGAUCCUCACAUUCCCCAGUCAUAUCCUUUUCAACCGGUUUGUGUGGAGUCACACGAAGCAGACAGACUCAAUACCGCUUCUAACACUACCCCUCAAUCUGCCUUCCAUCAUAAUAACCGACUUAAUGAAGAUUAGGGUUUUGGGGGGUUUAGGAAUUAUUUAUUCAGUGGCCCAGUAUUUGAUCUCUAGACAACAAUACAUCUCUGGGUUGAAGUAUAUUUAGAAAGAUAGAUACUCUGCAGUCUGUACAAUAUGUUUUUGGCAAUUUUCAAGCGAGAAGUUAAAGUUCAGAUUGAUUUUGACCUCUUUUUACCCACCCUUACCUUCUUUUGGGCUUUUUAAAUUCUAUGUGCCCUUAAAUAUCAGGAUUAUAUUUGGUGAGCAAUGAAACAAUUGCACGAGGCUCAUAAUGAAAGUGUGAAUUAUGAUAUGCAGUGCUGGUGAAUAAUGCAGCAGUUGGCUGGACUUCAGAUCUGCAUUUCAAAUGAUAGAUUAUAUGACUUUUUUUUUUUAUUGUUUCUUUCCUGGCAAAGAAGAUAGUGCUUAGCAAUGAAAACCUUUAAAUUUC